AUGCCGCCUGCGCCGCCUUCUGAGGAGUCCAGCGCCUUCACGAUUAUCAAUCAUGAAGAGAGCGGCGCGAACGAAACGAAACCGAACCUGGUGGACAAUGAGCUCGUGCUGCCGCUACCGAGCAACGUGAAUAUAGUAAAGCCUCUCCAACUCGAUGAUGAGUGCAACGUUAAGCCGGCGGCUCCUGCUCCCAAUACGAUACUCGACCCUAAGUUCUCCCGCGCUCUUGACUUUAAACUACGGAGACUCAAAGAGAAGGAAAUACUACAAGCGAACCUUCGGCGGCCGACUCGUUACCGUCCACGAAACGGUAUACUCGCCGCUUCUAACCCCAACGUGAGCUCUGAUCAGCAACCGCCGUCGGAUAAACCGCUGAGCCAAUCACAUCCUCGCAUCGAUCAUAUUGAAUCUGAAAACGAUAAGAAAGUUUCGCCCAAUAUGGACAAGUCACCGGAACGUAAGAGCCGAUCUCGAAACGCGCCGUCAUCUACGGACGGAGACAAGCCGCGAUUCGUGACCACAGUGAAGAGUGGACAAUUUUUGCUGCCUCCUCCAGAAGUGGCACGUAUUUUGGGUCUAGAGACGCUGUACCCUGCUAAGGAGAGGGAGAAGGUUAUGUACUCAUACUCGAGCAAACCGAAAGUAGUUGCUCCGCGCGUCAAACGCUCAAUUCUGGAAAAGAAACCCGAGGCGAGCUUACCCAAUGGCGACGUGGUAGAGGGUGCUCGGCGACCUCACGCCAGGGAGGUGUUCGGAGGCGUUCGAGCACUCAUCGCUGGCGUCGUAGGCAUGACACACAUGCUCGAGAAACAUGACCAACCCGGCAGCAUCGGCACCACGGGCCAAUACUCCAACGUGAUGCACGACAAGCGCGUGGUGCGCGGCAGCACGUUCGCCUCUCACCCGCACGCUGCCGGCGAUGGCGUUGAAAGCGCGGCGGCCCGGCAGGCGCGCACGCGACGCCGCGCGUUGGCGAGACGCGCGGCUGCUGCGCGUUUGCGCCCCGGCACGCCGCCGCCCGCACCAGGCCGUCGACACCACCCCAUACAGACCGAGUACUACUUGGAGGAGCUGUUCGACAAGGGCACGGAAAUGGAGGUGGGGGUCCAAACAGAUCUAUUCGUGGACCGGCCCGCCACGCCCGUGUACGUGCCCGCCAAGACCGGAGCAGAUGCGUUCACGCAAAUAUAUCCCGGAGACCUAUUCGACUUCGAUCUGGAGGUGCAACCUAUACUGGAGGUGCUAGUCGGGAAGACGACGGAGCAGGCGCUGGCCGAGGUGGCUCAAGAGGAGGAGUUGGCCACGUUACGGGAGCAACAGCGGCGCUAUUGCGAGCUCAGGGACGCCGAGCUCGCGGAGAGGCAGCGCCUGGCCGCGCAGGACCUACGUCUGCACCAAGAAAAGGAGCGGCGCGUGGCGGAGGCGCGCGUGGCGCAGAUCGCGGCGACGGAGGCGCGCGAGAGGGCCGCCGCCGCAGUGCUGGUGCAGGGCUACGUGGCGGAGCUGCUGCCCUCCGUCCUGGCUGGCCUGCGCGACCAGGGAUACCUCAUGGAGAGGAUCGAGAGGGGUAUCGACGAGGAGUUCAUGCCUUGGCUCGUAGAAGAGGUGUCCAGCGAGAUCGAGUCGAUUGUCACCAGCCGCGACGUCAUCACAGAGAUUGUGCGCGACGUGGUGGAGGCCCGAGGCGAGCUGUACCGCAGCGCUGGAGAACGUGAGGCGGAGCGCGUCGAGCCCGAGGAGUCUGUCACGCUGGCCUCGCUCGGAGAGGAGGAGGAGGAGGAGAACACGGAAAAUUAA